CAGCGCGGAGUCUGCCACGUUGCUGUAGACACCGGUUAGGACCGCUGGGGAUUGUAGCUCACCAAGCAUGUAUCCAUCAGAUAAAGGGCAAAUGUCUUAGGAUAAACGGGAAAAGAAACUAAACGGACGAUUUCUGUCGGCCUGAAGCUUUAACAGGUGUCAAGAUGCUGACGGACGUGAUAGUAGAGGAGGAAUUUGAACACAAUGAGGAGGAGUUGUGGUAUAGCAGGAAGGAUUUGGAACAUGAUCUGCAUUUGGCCGCUGAGCUGGGCAAGACUCUGUUGGACAGGAACCAUGAGCUGGAGCAGGGCCUUCAGCAGAUGUACUCCACCAAUCAGGAGCAGCUGCAGGAGAUUGAGUACCUAACGAAGCAGGUGGAUCUCCUGCGGCAGAUGAACGACCAGCAUGCCAAAGUAUACGAGCAACUGGACCUGGCAGCACGAGACCUGGAGAAAAGUAACCAAAGACUGGUGCUGGAGAACCGCACAGCCCAGCAAAAAAUCCAGGGUCUGACUGAGACCAUAGAUGGAUUACAGACUCAUAUGGAGGGUCUGCAGAAGCAGGUGGAUGAUCUGAAGACGUCCCAGUCAAAGAGAGACCUUGCUGAUGCACGCCGCUGUCUUGGAGCCCAGAGCAUGUCCUGCCUAAAAGAAAUAUAUGAUCUGCAACAAGUCAAGUAUCUGAGCUUAGAGAACCUGCGUGAGGAAAAGUCCUACCCUGCCCUGGAUGACAGACAUGCGGAGGAGGAGAACUCAACCCUGCAACACACCCUCCACACCCUGAAGGCGCAGCUGGCGGCAGAGCGUGCCCGACGUGUGGAGGCAGAGCAGGAGACGGAGCUGACGGUGCAAGAAAACAGCAUGCUAGAACAGCGUCUGAGUCUUCUGGAGGGAGCACGCCAUCGCCAGGCAGAGCUGGAAGCUGAGGUGGAGGAGCUACAGCAGCUGUGGCGCUCCGAGUCAUCCAGCGCAAAACCAACAGACGCUCUGCUGCCCGACAACGUUUUCUUUUCCGCUGAGGAAAGGGUGGGGCCAGAGGACGAGGAGGAGCUAGAGGCAGAGUUUCAACAGGGGAGGCGUCGCUGCAUUAGUGAGAGCUACGUCCGAGGGGCUCGAGCCGAGGAUAUCCGGCGCGGACACGAGCGCACGUGCAUCCGGCGAGCUCAGGCAGUGAAGCAGCGCGGAAUCUCGCUGCUGAAUGAGGUUGAUGCGCAGUAUAGCGCACUGCAGGUGAAGUAUGACGAGCUGCUCCGUCGCUGCCAGCAGGGGGCGGACAAGCUCAGCCACAAGGGUGUGCAGACAGCCGCCGCUAACGUGCAACGGCGCAAGAGUCUGAUAAAGACCGCAACGGCAACAACAACAAACUCCAUCUGCUCCGCAGAUGAGCUCCAUCAGCCAGAAUACAUAGCCCUGUUUAAAGAGCUCUUCACCUGCAUUCAGAAAACCAAAGAGGACCUGAGUGAGAACGGGGCUGGGCAGAAGAAGUCUCAGUGAGUUUAAUGAAAUAGAUAAUCUAAAAAUGAAAAAUCUGUUUUCAUUUAUUUACCCUAGUGUCGUUCCCAACCCACUUGUGUACGCUUUUUAGCAAACCCACUUUUUAGAGGAUGAGUACAUGAUGACAAAAGUGUAUUGUUUGGUGAAAUACUCCUUUUUAUAUGUCAUCUGAAUUGGGGUUGGCAGUAUUAUACAUCUUUAGUCUGAUGCGUUGCACUUCCUCUGGCUUCUGCUAAUGUAAUUUGAUGAAGGACAUGCUGAGAGACUGCGGCUUGACAUAUUAGACAUUUUAAAGGUGCUGCUAUUUAUGUGUAUUUGUUGAUUGCACUAUAACACCUGUGCCUUUGCAACACCAGGCCGUCCUCUUUAAAAAUCACUAAAUGCAAGCGUAGAUGGACCGUAGGUCUUAAACUAAUUGUUUUGUACUGUACUUUUAUAGGUCUAAUUCUAUUGAUUGCUGCAUAUGAAAUGUGUGGACCUCUAAGAUAUAGCCAUACAUGAUUGCAUCUCUUCUUUGGGUUUGCAAGCAACUCUUAAUUUCGUAGAAUCAAGUGUUUGUAGAAGAAAGAGGGUUGAUUAAAUUAUUAUUAUUAUUAACAACUAACGUGGCUUAGGAAGAACAUGUCCAGGUCACACUUAAAAAAUAAUUUUUUUUUUUUCCUCAAAGAAAUUAGGCCUAUUUUAGGACCAUAAAGUCUGUUUACAUUGUGAUUAUUUUCAGGACAAUUAAGCACAUUUCCCCUAAAAUUGUAAUUACCAUAAUGCAAAAAAUGUAAUAAAUAAACAUAUACAAAAACUUUAUUAUAAUAAUUAUUUUUACAGUAAUGUGAAAUAAAUUAUAAAAUUAUUUAAAUUGUGAUGUACAGUAUUUCUAUAUGGUUGUAUUUGUUGCACUGCGUUUUAAUUUAUGUUGAUUGUAAUACAGUCAAAUAUACUGUACAGCAAAGACAAUAUAAGAAGAAUGAUCUUUAAAAAUACAUAAAUCAAAAAUGGCAGAAAACUCUGAAAAUGUUUGAAACUUUGGGGGAAAUGUCAUACAUUUAAUGCAACAAAAUCGUAUUGGUCUUAAAAAUAAAUAUCAUUUUCUUCAUGCAAAAUACCUGUAUGACAUUUCUUUCUUUUGUGUGAAAUGCAACCUCGACAUGUUUUUGUGAUACUUUGUUAAUAAACAUUAAAAACAAAAGACCAAAAAGCAUGAGGUAUUCAGUAGGAUGCUCUUUGUAGCCAAUACCAUAGCCAUAUAUUCAAAGUGUCUUGAAAUCGCAGAAGCAAUAUAAAAGCUCUUUUUUUUUCCCCUCGAUUUUAAAAUACAACGCUGCACGUGAUUUUGAAGACAUUGCUAAACCAAGGUUUCUUGUACUUUAGCAAUAUUGCUUGUUACAUUUAUAAACGGUCUGUUUGUGUUUACCUCACCGCAUUGACGUGCUAACAAAAUAGUUACAAUUAGCUCUUGUAAAUUAAACUGUGCUUGAAAUGUAUAGUUCAUUUAGAGUGUAGUUAAAUGUUCAGUGGAGUGGUGAGGCAGACGCUCUCGCUUGAAUUCUCAGCACUUUUGACAUACAUGUAAACACAACUGUGAAGCCAUGCACUUUAGCCAGACCUAUGGUCAGUUUAGUUUUGGUUUAUUUAUUUUUUAAAUUUUUAGUUUUUUCAUUCCAUGAUGUAGUCAAGAGGUUUUAUUUUUUUUUAUUAUUUUCUCAUUUGGUGUUUAUUCACUGUAUUCAAAUUCUGUUUGUUUUCAAACUUUAUUCCCCCCCCCAGUUUUACGCCACUGUGUUUAGGUCAGCACUAGAAUGUUACUGAUAUCUUGAUGGACGUGAAAAUGUAUUGACGGAACUGGAUUGGAGGGUGUUAUGUUUAAAGAUAGAUAACUAUUGCUUGGAUUGUGUUACCUAAAUGUUACAGUACAAUGUAGACCAUUUUCAUAAUGUGUUAUACAAGUGUGUAAAAGCUAAUCUGACAAUGCCUAAUUGUUGUUGGUUUAAGUGUUUGGUAACGUGUGUUUCAUAACAUAAUCCAUGUGCUACAUACUUAAAACCACAACAUAAUUCCUGUUUUGUAAUGUUUCUGAAGCUGUUAAAUGCUGUUGCCUUGAGCUGGAAAUUACAGUUUAAGCAGACUUUAAUGGGACAAGGUAUUGUAUAGAUGUUUAGAAAAGUGACAGAAAAUCAGAGAAAAGGAUUUGCUGUUGAAAGAUGCAAUAGUUGGUGUAUCAGUUGGUCUUGGAAAAAGUAAAAAAAAAAAAAGCAAAGCUGUCUAUAGGGAGCAAAAUAUAUCAUGGAGUUUUUGCAUUAUUUUAUAUUAUUACUUAUUGUUAAGGAAAGCGGUGCUAUUGUAUUGCAGCCAUUCAUCAGCUAUAAAAAUGUGUUUUUCCAGCAUAAAUUCCUCCUUUUUUUUUUUUUUUUUUUUUUUCCCAUUAUAUCCUAUGUAAACCUUUGCAGAAUUAUAUGCUUCUUGGCCAGUAUUGUGUUAGAGCGCUACAAUGUGCAUGAUCAGAGGUUAGAUUAGUGUACGGCAGAAAGAUAUAGCUCUUUUGCUUAAGAUAAAGCAGUAAAAUGGUGCAAUUACCAAUUUUAGUAUUAAAUGCAGACCAAAUAUCUUGUCUGUGGGUAAAUGAUUAUCAUCAGAAUACCUCACCGGUAAAACAAUCAGUUAUUUGUGACAGUAACAGAAAGAUUAUAUUUAUGAUGGUUUGAGAAAGUACAAAAUGGAUUCUGAGUUGAUUCUUCAAGCUACACUUAAAUCUUGUGUUACGCUGGAGUUUAUUGUUUUAAGUCAAAGACUUUCAGUUUUCUAGAUAAUUUAUGACUGUUGUCAAAUGCAAAUGAUAAAAUGUGUGUGUUUAGUGAAGGAAAUGAAUAAUCUGAUAAUUACUGGUGCUGAAUUUGCAAGGUUCUUCCUCAGAAAAGCCACAGCCCAGAACACUGCCCUUGGAAAAGCAGUAAUCUAUGAACAGUAUUUAAUGGCAUGACUAACAUUUGACUGUGGUUAAAUAAUAAAUAACAACCAGUACAUUAAUCUGUAUGGAUAAAUCAAUAAUUGUGUUCUGUCUUUAUUUCAUGAUGAUAUAUCCACUUAUGAGAAAGCAAUAUUAACUGUAAGGGAGACCAGGGCUACAAAAGCUAUAUCUCAGUAAUUAUGGGGUUUCGAAGGAGUCAAAAGUCAAAUGACACAAAUGUGUGUUUUAUUUAACAGUGGUUUGUAUGUUGGUUUCAAACAGCUAGUUCAAAACCCCCUUAUAUUAGAAUAAUAUUUUGUGAAUUUUAUUCUCCAAAGUAAAAUUUCAAAAUCACAUUUUUAAACUUGUGAACGCAUUAAAACCACACUGGCAUACACUCAGGCAAGGGUCAACUAUAUAAUAAAGGUAGAUUUGAAUGAAUAGUUUGAAUUACGUUCUCAAGACAAGGGUGUAUUUCAUUUUAUUAUGCAGCUCUCUGGAACACCCAAUUCUGAUUGUUCAAUGGUGCCAUCUAGAGGUCUGAUAUUUAUCAGUAACAACCGCACAUCAGACACA